AUGGAGAACCUCCACAAUUACAACGACAACUUCUGCCAUCAUCUGGAGGACUAUGAGGACGACAUUGGGCCCCACCCUGAACAUGAGGGAGCACCUGAAUCAGGUGGCAGGGUCUAUGAAGGAGCUCUAAGCCUGGACAACAGUGAGAACCAACAGGGUAACCUCAACCAGGGAGGCCACAUGAGCCUGGGUCCUGAAGGUGACCACAGCAACCAGGUUGCCAUGGAGGCAGACCCAGAGGAGCCAGCCAUCUUCCUAGCUGAGGUUCCAAGGCGCCAGCCCAGCAGGCACCAAAUCCAGUUCCACUUCACACAGUGGCAGGUACAGGAAAUGGAGACCAUUUUCCAAGAAACCCAGUACCCGGAUGUGCUCACAAG